AUGGCUGUUAAUCAAGUGGGUGGUGCUGCUGGAUCAGCAUUUGGUAAAGGUUGUGUGUAUGUCAUGACAUACACGGUUCGGGACAGGAGAAAAACUAUUAACUACUACAAAAUUGGUUGUACUUCAAGAGAACCAAACGUACGUCUACAAGAAAUUCAAGACUCGGAAAUAAAUAAUAUCACUUUGGUUGGUUCUGUUACAGCGAAAAAAAUGAAUGGUGCUGAAACAGCGGCCCAAAAUGCUGUAAAAGUGGAGGGACUCGUGAAAGAUCCUGCGCGAGGUGGAGCCACAGACUGGUUCAAGGGUUCAUUGACGCCACAGAAAGUUUUGGACGUGGUUAGAACAGCAGUUGAUAGUCAUAAUGAUACAUGA